AUGCCAGAAGCGUCCCGAGACGAGCCAAUGACAAAAUACUUUUUGUUCAAGCUGGCCAUCAAAGCGGACGACUUAGAGAUGGCGACCGACUGCUUGAGAGGAAUAACCAUCUCCGCAGAACGGAUGAAGCUUCUUCACGCAUGUGUUCUCUGUGCAAGGCACGAAAAAGCACCGCAAUUUAUGGUUCAAGCAAUGAAAAGGCUGGCAGAUACAAUCAACCACGAGCCUUCGAAUCAAGUUCACGCACCGGCUCUUUUCCGCUGCACGAUCCUCAUGCUUCGGGACAUGGUAGAUGGUGCAAACAAAGAUGGAUGCAACCUGGUCCGGGAUGGCGAAUCUACGAAAACAUCACAAGCAACCCAAGACCUCGCCGACAUUUUCAACGGUGGCACGUCAUCCAGCCCAGAAACUCAAACUUUUUUAAAUAUCGUCUAUGCCGUGGAAAGUGAUCGGAGUGCUCACACCGAGGUGGGUAAGGCCCAGUUUACUAUGGAUGAGCUUGAAUGGUUUUGCAGAGCGGCGUACAACCUGGGCCUGAAAUAUUCGGGGACAUUGGACCUGCGGCACACUGUGGCCAUCCUGGAAGCGUGCGUAAAGAUCACCACGCUGUUCCCAGAUGACCAGGAGAUAUGUGCAACUACCGAUAUAUCAUCCAAACGACUCAUAUGUCGAUUCCUGAUCGCAUCUGCAUUAGCUGCUCUGGUGAGGCGACCAUCUAUUUCGGAGUCAGAAGAACAAAGUCUCAAAGAUUGUCAAGCCAUGCGCGAGCAUAUUCGGGCAUUCCAUACUCAGCUCAAAAAACAAGGGAUUGGCGGAAGCGCUCGUUCAUCAGACCUUUUGAGAAAGUCGUCCGUACUAGUUGUGUUUGAUUUUGAAGGUGCCAUCCGUCUUGGCGACUGGGACGAUUUGGAGGAUAUCUGCGAAACAGCCGCCUCCUGCCUUGACUUGGACACGCUCCGCGUUCUUGGAGACUCUCUUCUCCGGUCCCAAGUUCAUGUACCAGGUGAAAAAUUCGUCUCAACAAUGCGCCUCAUAAUCGGCAAACUACACAAGGCGGGUAGCUUCAACGGUGACAAACUCGUCAAAUACUACCGUUGCCUGUUCCAGGCGAUUCUUUACCGUGGCCAUGAUGCUGCCUUCCAGGUAAUAGAAGAGGUCAAGGAGAUGAUCCGAGCCGGCUUGAAUUCCGAGGGUGCAACAAGUUGGCCAGAGGAUGAGCUUCAGUUUCUUGCGGCGAUAUCGUUCAACGAAGGCAUCGACUGGUUCGCUGUUGGCCGCGAAGACCUUGCCCGACAGUGGGUUCUUUCAGCAGCCAGUUUGGCGGACCAGUGCCACGACGGGGGCGCACUCAAGACUUUGAUCAGCGCCAGGUUCGGACUUCUCAAUAUCGGUGACUUGGAGAUCAAGGAGUCCAUCGAGCGAGACAUUCACGAGACUGCUGAUACAAACGGCACAGCGCCUGAUGACGACUCGACUUUUUGA